AUGGCGGCUCCGGCCGUUGGUGGUGGGGUGCCACCCGAGGUGACCCAACCCCAUCCGGCAGCACCGCACCAUCACCAUCUCGACGACGGCUGGCAGCUUGUGCCGGAAAGGCAGCAUUCCAGCCGGAGUGAAAAGUACGGCUGCGAGCUAGCGUCGCUGGCAGUACCGUCGGGUGACGACUUCAGUGAAGGCGAUGAGGAUGAGGACGAUAGCGAGCAGCAGAACGGUCGGCACUCACCGUCGGUAAUGAGGUCCACCGGCACCCAGCCGCAGCAGCAGCAGCAGCAGCAGUACCUAUCGGUGCCGGGGAAGGGCGAAACGCCGGAUGAGGCGAUGGUACUGCUGUCGUCGAAAGGUAAGGCGAAGCACAAUCACCAACACCACCACCACCACCACCAUCACGGUGGGUCCAGCACGGUCCUCGAUCUGAUUCCCGAGGAUGCGCCGGAAGCGAAACGAACCGGUGGUGACCAGCGGCGCGUCUCAGGCGAUGGGCCGGCAGCCGGCACGGGUAACGGUGUGGCACCGGUCCCGGUCAAACCGUCCGCCCUAAUGGCCGCCAUUCGGCGUGGCUCGCUCGCCUGGCUUCCGGGCCGCCGUGCACAUGGCGGCGGGGGGCAAGGGCCAGCGCAGAACGAUCCGGAAUCGAACCUGGGCAGCAAGGCGUCGCUGAGCCAGCUCCCGGUGCCAGCUGCGACCGGGCCCCACAGCGAACAGGCGCUGGAGUCGCGCCGUAAGAACCGACGGUUUGGCGAUGACGCACUGAGCACCGCACUGUCGGCACUGUACGCCAAGAUCAUCGUCAUUCUCGGCAUCGCACUCCCGGUGACGGAGAUACUGUCGUCCCAGAUACCGGCCAACGUGUACCAAGGGUUCUACCUGUUUCUCUACACCGUCAGCAUCGCGUUCGUCAUCUUCGUGUACGGGUCCACCAUGCGGCAGCGUGCCGUGAUGACCCGCAUCCAGAGCUACCACGCGCGGACCAGCAGCGCCGGCGUGGGGGCGAAGAAACGCGUGCCGCACUUCGGGAGCUUCUAUCUGCGGGUCGGGGCGAUCGCGUUCGGCAUCGGCACGAUGGUGUACUCGGGGCUCGAGUUCGGGCAGUACUUCGAGCUGAACGCAUCGCCCGGCUGCUCGAGCAUCUUCAUCGCGCUGACGCCGGCCGCCCGGAUGCUGCUGUCGCUGGUGCAGAUGCAGUUCAUCUUUCUGAACGCGUCCGAGCUGGACAUGGCCCGCCACAAGGUGUUCGCCCGGUUCGGCCUGAUGCACAUGGUGGCGACGAACCUGUGCGAGUGGCUGUACGUGCUGGUGGAGGAAACGAAGCACGAGAUCCACCACCUGGCGCACUCGGCGCACCACACCCGGCCGUCCCCGGGCGCGCCAUCCAACACGGGCCUGAAACCGCCGCCGCCGCCGCCACCGCUGCCGGCGGCGCCCUCGCCGUACCCGGAGUCCUUCGGCGGGAACGAGACCGAGAUGGCGGCCCUGCAGUCGGUGAUGCCGGGCGGGGUCGACAGCGAGACCGAGUACCACGAGUGCCAGCGCACCAACAUCAUGGGCUCGCUGGUGCAGAACGUGUCGCCGUUCCUGUUCCCGUGCACGAUCGAGUACUCGCUCAUCUGCGCCGUCAUCCUGUACGAGAUGUGGAAGAAGGUGAAGACGAUCGCCGAGAUCGACCGGACGCGCCGCAGCUCGAUCAAGGUGCAGACGAGCGCGACGAAGAGCGCCCACCACUUCUCGGUCGACUGCUCGCGCGCCCACCGCGGCAUGUUCGGCGGCAUCCUGCUCACGGUGCUGACCAUCAUCUGCCUAAUCAUGUACUUCGUGCUGUACGACGAGCCCGGCUACGAGUACUUCGCGAUCCAGGAGGUGACGAUCGCGGAAACGCUGAUGUACACGGUGACGGCGGUCGCCGUGCUGGUGGCGAUGCUGCGCAUGCGCGACCUCAAGUACCAGCGGAAAAAGAACGACCUGCACAGCGGCUCGGUCAGCCUCGACUGUACGCUCCUGGUGCUCGCCCAGACCGGCGUCUACGUGUACGGGAUGUUCAGCAUCGUCGGCAGCUACUUCUCGAUGAAACAGGACGUGCCCGGGUCGCGGGAGGGCCUCAUCGCCGAACUGUUCAGCCUCGUGCAGACCUCCAUCCAGACGCUGUUCAUCCUGAACGCGGUGUGGCGCAAGUGCCGCGGUGCCCAGCAGCACCGGACCAAGCCGGGCCGCCAGAUCGUGACGUUCCUGCUCGUGGCCAACAUGGCGAUGUGGUUCAUCAACACACUGAUCAAGGGUCGCGCCAGUUUCCGGCCGUCCCACCUCGACUUCUUCGGCACCUGGGCGUGGACGGUCAUCACGCACGUCUCGAUGCCGCUCGCCAUCUUCUACCGCUUCCACUCGACCAUCUGCCUGUUCGAGAUCUGGAAGUCCACGUACAAGGUGAAGGUGACCGACUACCACUAA